AUGGAUUGCCAAGAAACUGAGUACUGGAACCAAUAGGGAUUGUGUGUCACUUGCGAACAGUGUGGUCCUGGACAGGAGCUCUCCAAGGAUUGUGGUUAUGGAGAGGGUGGAGAUGCAUACUGCACAGCCUGCCUUCCUCAAAGGUACAAAAGCAUCUGGGGCCACCACCGAUGUCAAACUUGCAUGACCUGUGCUGUUAUCAAUCAUGUCCAGAAGGCCAACUAUACACAUACCUCUAAUUCUGUCUGUGUGGACUGUCUGCUCAGGUUCUACCGAAAGACAUGCAUUGGAGGCCUGCAGGACCAAGAGUGUAUCCCAUGCACGAAACAGACCCCGACCUCUGAGGUUCAGUGUGCCUUCCAGUUGAGCUUAGUGAGGGCAGAUGCACCCACAGUGCCCCCUCAGGAAGCCACACUUGUUGCACUGGCAAGCAGUCUGUUAGUGGUGUUUUCCCUGGACUUUCUGGGGCUCUUCUUCCUCUACUGCAAGCAGCUCUUCAACAGAUAUUGCCAGCGUAGUAAGGGUGGCUGCUUUACAUUUCACAUGAAUCAGGAGAAAGACAGUGUCUUCCCUCUGGAAGGUACAACUUUAAGUUCUUCUAAAGUCUCUUGGGCUCCUGGUGACCUUGCCCAGUUGUUCUCCCUGGACUCUUAUGCCGUUCCUGUACCACAACAGUAG